AUGUUGAUGCUUCUCGUUAGCCAACAUGAUGCUAAGACUAUCAAGACAAAGGUUGUAGUACUUGGCGGAGGUGUGGCUGGUGUGAUUGCUGCUCGUACAUUAUAUGAAAAUGGUGUUAAGGAUUUUGUUCUGGUUGAAGCGGAAAGCGAUUUAGGCGGACGAAUGAAACAUACAAAAUUUGCUGGCUAUACUGUUGAAUUAGGAGCAAAUUGGAUUCAGGGAACGAUGAAUACAGCAACACAUAAAGAAAAUCCAAUAUGGACGCUGACCAAAAAAUACAAUUUAUUGAACGUAGCUAGUAAUUUGGAUGAUUUAUCAACAUACGACCAAAAUGGAUAUACUGACUAUAGAGAUAUUCAAAAACGAUAUGAUGACAUAUUCACAAAAGUUCUUGCAGAUGCUGGAACCAGAUUGAAAAGGACUCUCGUUGAUCUGUCAUUCGAUGAAGGACAAUGCUUGGCUGGCUGGAAAGCUCAAACACCACAAGAAAAAGUAGCUGAAUUGUUCACCUUUGAUUUUGAAUAUGCCGACACUCCCGCUGCCUCGAGCAUGAUCGAAGCAGCAGUUAAUUACAAUGAAACUUAUAUACAAUGGAAUGAAGACGAUUUAUUUUGUAUUGAUCAACAAGGCUUCAAUAUAUUGGUACGAAAUGAAGCCAAAACGUUUUCUACGAAUGAAAACAUCAUGUACAAUAGCAUCGUUAAAAAAGUCAGCUAUUGUGACAAAUCAGUUGUAAUUCUACUCAAAGACAAUACAGUGAUUACAGCAGAAUAUGCAAUUUGUACUUUUUCUCUUGGUGUACUUCAAAACCAGGAUGUUGAAUUCGUUCCACCAUUUCCAGCAUGGAAGCAAGAAGCCAUUUCUUCAUUCAAAAUGGCUAAUUUCACGAAAAUUCUUCUCAAAUUUCCCUAUAAAUUUUGGAACAAUACACAAUUUACUCUCUAUGCAGAUUCUUGUACAAGAGGCUAUUAUCCAAUAUGGCAAUCAUUAAGCGAAAUUGGCUUUUUUCCAAAUAGCAAUAUUACAGUUGUUACCAUUGUUGGAGAUCAAUCAUAUAUUGUUGAAGCAAAAAGUAACAACCAAACGUUAAACGAAAUCAUGUCCGUAUUGAGAAGUAUGUAUGGUAGAAAUGUGCCACAGCCCGAUGAAUUUUAUUAUUAUCGAUGGACAAAAGAUCCGUUUUAUAGAGGUUCAUAUAGCAAUUGGCCAGCAGGUGUAUCUCAAUAUCAACAUAAAAAUCUUCAAGCACCAAUUCAACGGCUUUAUUUUGCUGGUGAAGCAUACUCAUAUGAAUAUUAUGGCUUUCUGCAAGGUGCAUAUGCCACUGGCCAGAAUACAGCUGAACAAGUGAUCAGAUGUAUACAGGGAAAGUGUUCUCUGGCAUCAGCUGAAAAUCACCAAGAAUAUUCGUGUUCUGGCCCGAACUGUAAUUCCUAA